GGACUGACACACGGGGUUGCGGGCGAUGCCUGUGUGUUCACAGUAUAUACAAAGGGCGCCGGCGCUGGCAAUCUUCAGGUGGCGUUAGAGGGCCCGUCCAAAGCCGACAUCCAGUGUAAGGACAACAAAGACGGUACUAUUUCGGUGACAUACGUACCGCCGGCUCCGGGAGAGUACAAGAUCAACAUCAAGUUCAGCGACAAAGCGAUCCGCGGUUCGCCCUACUCGGCCAAAGUGACCGGUGAGGGCCGCAAACGCAACCAAUUGUCUGUCGGCCACUCCAGCGAAGUGUCGCUCAAAGUGCAGGAAAAGGACUUUAAGAUAUUGAACGCGUCGAUCGUCGCGCCGUCCGGUCUGGAAGAGCCGUGUUUUCUCAAGAAGUUGGCCAAUGGACACCUCGGCAUCUCAUUUACGCCCCGCGAGAUCGGCGAACACGCCGUCAACGUCAAGAAACUGGGCGCUCAUAUCACGGGUUCGCCCUUCAAGAUCAAUGUACUCGAGCGCGAGAUCGGCGACGCGUCCAAAGUGCGGGUCACGGGUGGGGGUGUGAGAGAGGCCCGAACUCACACGCCUAACGACCUGCUCAUCGACACCAAGGAGGCCGGCUAUGGCGGACUCUCGCUCUCCAUUGAGGGGCCGUCCAAAGCGGACAUCCAGUGUGCGGACAACGAAGACGGCACACUCCGGGUCACAUACAAGCCCACUGAGCCCGGCUUCUACAUCAUUAAUCUCAAGUUCGCCGACCAUCACGUGUCCGGCAGUCCAUUCACAGUGAAGGUGUCGGGCGAGGGAUCAAACAUUCAGCGCGAGAAUAUCAAGAAAGAGAGGGACGCUAUGCCUGUCACUGAUGUCGGCUCCGAAUGCAAACUCACAUUCAAGAUCCCGGGGACGAGUGCUUUCGAUAUGGCGGCCAAAGUCGGUUCCCCGAGCGGUGAGACAGAGGACGCGGAGAUACUAGAUAUGGACGACUGUCUCUAUGCCGUCCACUUUGUGCCCAAAGAGGUGGGCGUCCAUACGGUUAGUGUCCGCUGUAAAGACAUACACAUACCGGGAUCGCCCUUCCAGUUCACGGUUGGACCUCUCAAUGAUUACGGCUCCCAUCGGGUGCACGCCGGGGGUCCCGGUCUCGAAAGGGGUACCGCCAAUCAACCGGCCGAGUUUAACGUAUGGACGCGAGAGGCGGGCGCCGGUAAUCUGUCCAUUUCGGUUGAGGGCCCGUCCAAAGCGGACAUCGACUUCAAGGACCGCAAAGACGGCUCGUGUUAUGUGUCGUAUAAGGUGUCGGAGGCCGGAGAGUAUCGCAUCGGCAUUAAGUUCAAUGACCAGCACAUCCCGGACUCGCCCUACAAGGUCUAUAUGGUGGCCGCGGCCUCAGAGGCCAGACGUGUUGAGUUGGGCGCCAUUCCGCCCGAACACUUCCUACAAGUCAACAAACCGGUCACUUUCACUGUCAGCCUCAACGGCGCCAAAGGCCAGUUGGACGGCAAAGUGGUAUCGCCUGCGGGCGCCGAAGACGACUGUUUCCUAUCCAACAUCGAUGAGGACCAGUGGUCGCUGAGGUUUAUGCCGCGCGAGAACGGCAUCCAUCGGAUUCACGUGCGGUUCAAUGGCGUUCAUAUACCUGAGUCGCCCUUUUCGUUGCGUAUCGGCAAAGACGACGCGGCGCCCGAAGCCGUGCAGGUGUACGGCAAUGGCCUCAAAGAGGCCCGAACUGGCGUCAAAACUGACUUCAUUAUCGACACGUGCUCUGCGGGCGCCGGCAGUUUGGCCGUCACUAUCGAUGGCCCGUCAAAGGUGUCCAUGGAUUGCACGGAAGUGGAGGAGGGGUAUAAAGUACGGUACACUCCUUUGGCUCAGGGAGAGUAUUACGUGACCAUUAAAUUUAACGGCUAUCACGUGGUCGGCAGUCCAUUUAAAGUCCGUUGCAUUGGUAAGUUUAGCGACCAGUGCAUCAAUAGGUCAUCUAAUCUCUCGGUGACCAUCGCUUUAGGCACCCGAAGCAUCGCAGACAUCGCCGACAUCGAGUCGUCGUCGGUUGUGGUCGAGACUGUGACCAAACAGUCUAAACAGAGCUCCCAAUUACCCCGAUUCAGGUCAGACGCGUCCAAAGUGGAGGCCAAAGGACUCGGACUUAAGAAAGCUGUCCUCAAUCGGCAGAACAACUUCACUGUCAACUGUGUCAGCGCCGGGAAUAACCUGUUGUUUGUGGCGCUAUACGGGCCGAAGGGUCCGAGUGAUGAGGUGAAUGUAAAGCACCAAGGUCGCAACCAGUAUAACGUUACCUACCAAUGCCGCGAGAAGGGAGAGUACCUAAUGGUAGUCAAGUGGGGCGACGACAACAUACCCGGCAGUCCAUUCAGGAUUGAAUGCUAUUCAUAAACAAUUUAAACAAUGCCUUUGCCUUCAAAUCCUCUACUCUUAAAUUACUAUUAUUUUAGUCAUUAUUAUCUCAUUUCGGGACUCUCUCUCUCUCUCUCUCUCUCU